UUCUGUGGUCUGUGUUGCCGCACUCGAAAUUCUAGGUUAUGUAUUUGUAAAUAUAGCGGAAAAUGUUAAGAAACAUUCUGAAAUCGACGCUACGGUUGAACGAAAAACGCCGCGGCUGUUCCCAAGCGGCUAAAAUGGUGGCAGAACGACAAACCGUGUUACCGACCAGGUUCAUGACCGAGGAUGGCGAAAUCAACGAAAAGGCGGUGUUAGAGAGAAUCGUGUCGGGGCCCCCGGACGAUUCGAGGGUGGCGCAGCCUUCUUUCAAUUUUGCCGCUUACGCGGACAAGUCCGACACCUUGCAACAGUUGGUCAAGCUUGGGGUCGAUUUGUAUCGUAUCGAGCACCAAGUGAAAGCAGUCCCUUUCAUUUUGACGCUUAAGUUCGACGACAUCAGGCAGCACAUAAUGUUUUUGAAAGAUGUGGGUCUCGGGAAGGACGAAAUCGCCAACGUCAUCACGAAGAACCCGUUCAUUUUCAAAGAGGAGCUCGACAAUCUCGAGGUGCGCGUAAACUACUUGGAAUUCAAGCAGUUUACCAAAGACAUGGUGACUCACAUAUUGAGGUCGAAUCCCGUGUGGUUAAGUCACAGCACGCAAGAGAUUGAUAGGCGAUUGGGAUUUUUCCAAAAAACGUUCAGCUUGAAGGGCGAUCAAGUGCGCGCAUUGGCGACCAAAAGGUCCAAACUCAUCACUUACGACCUUGCAAAGGUCAAACUCAACCUGUUUGUCAUGAAAGAAGAGAUGGGGUUUGAUGUGACAGAAAUAAGAAGUAUUAUACUAAAGGAACCCAAAAUAUUCACUUCAGGCCAAAAUCGACUGCUGAAAACAUUCGAGUACCUGCACCGUACCAUGAAGAUCCCGCUGGACCGGAUAGCCCUCACGCCUGAAAUUUUGACGUGCAGACGAAACAGGCUCGAACCCAGGCACCAGUUCCUCGUCAAGCUUGGCCGGGAUCAGUUCGAUCCUAAAAAACCCAACUACGUGGCCCUUACCACGCUCGUCGCCGAAGAUGACGUAACAUUUGCGACCGAAACUGCUAAAUCGUCCACUCAUGAAUAUAAUCUAUUUCUUAAAACGUUUUAAAUACAUAUUUAUACAAGGAGGUUCGUUUUUUUUUAC